AUGCCAUCAAACGAGGAACCCACCCUCGACGCCUUGGAUGCAGUGGACUAUGACCCGAUCGACCAUUUGAAUGCCAUCUUCUCGCAUCCCUCAACCCUCUCCUCCGUCUCUCAGAUCUCAAAUUCCCUUCAUGCCUAUGAAGAUGAAUUGGACAACGACAUCGGCGUCCUGGUCGAGGAGCAGGUCACCUCCAAUGCGGAGAGUGUAGAGCGCAUCCAGACGGCAAAGGCAGAUCUGUCAGAGCUGUUCAAGAAGAUUGACGAUGUACGGGAGCGUGCUACGAAGACCGAGCAAUCCAUCACCGAUAUGACGGCCGACAUCAAGCAAUUGGACAAUGCGAAGAAGAACCUCACCCUCUCUAUGACCGCCCUCAAGCGCUUGCAGAUGCUCACUACGGCAUAUGAUCAGCUUCAAUCGCUCAGCCGGACUCGACAAUAUCGCGAUUGCGCCCAGCUUCUCCAGGCAGUAAUCCAGCUGAUGGCUCAUUUCAAGUCGUAUCGAUCGAUUGACCAGAUUGCGAUUCUGAGCCGGAAUGUGGCAGAUAUCCAGCGAGAAUUGCUGGAGCAGGUCUGCGAAGACUUCGAGAUAGCUUUUGCCAAGAGCGAAGUGGCUCAAAAGCGGGUAAUGCUUUCAGAGGCAUGUCUGGUCGCGGAUGCCUUGGGCGAGCAUGCUCGGUCACGGCUUGUGACCUGGUACUGCAAUACCCAGCUCCGCGAAUAUCGUCAGAUAUUUCGGAACAAUGAAGAGGCAGGAUCACUGGACAACAUAUCUCGUAGGUAUUCUUGGUUCCGGCGGAUCCUGAAGAUCUACGAUGAGGAGAAUGCGGCGAUUUUUCCAACCUCCUGGCGAGUGAACGAAACUCUGGCCAAUGUAUUCUGUGAAGGCACACGGGAGGAUUUUAAAAACAUUCUUUCUCGAUCAGUACGCAGCGGCCAGACAAUUGAUGUCAACCUGCUACUUGCGUGUCUGCAAGAGACCCUUGAAUUCGAGCAUUCUCUUGAGCGUCGCUUUGCACCUCCGUCUCGCCCAUCUACUGACACUUUUGCUUCAUCAAUUGAAACUCCUGCAUUCGGCCAGUCAAUCUCAGAGGCCUUUGAGCCGUAUUUGAGCGUCUGGGUGGAGGCACAAGACAAGCAGCUGGCUGCGCUCUUGCCAAAAUACCGCCAACAGCCCUUGAAACCUCCUGAUGAAGAAUUCAACUCCCAUACUGUCCUCUCAUCCUCGACUGAGCUUUUCACAUUCUACCGUCACGCUUUCCAGCAAUGUGCCAAGCUUUCAACAGGUGGCAGUUUGGCCGAACUCGCCAAGGUAUUUGCGAAAUAUUUGGACCAGUAUGCACAGCAAGUUCUUCUCAACUAUAUCAGUGAGCGUUCUACUGGCCACACGCCCUCGAAAGUGCCAUCAAUAGAGGAUCUGGUGUCGGUCCUUAACACCGCAGACUACUGCUAUACGACGUGUACUCAGCUAGAAGAGAAAAUCAAAGGUCGUCUGGAUGAGUCUCUGAAGCAAUCAGUAGACCUUCAGAGCCAAGCAGAUUCCUUCAUGGGAAUUGCUUCUGCCGCUGUACGAGGUCUUGUCCGGCAAGUCGAAGUCACUCUGGAGCCAAGCUGGAGAGAAAUGCGCAACACUCCAUGGAGCAAAAUCGAGGCAGUAAGCGACCAGAGCUCCUAUGUGAGUGAGCUGCUUUCCCGAACAAAGGAGAAGGCAUCCGAGAUUUUGCAACUCUUGCACAAACAGCAGUAUGCUCGGGCAUUUUCCGAUCAUCUGGUUGAGUUCAUGUCGAGUCAAUUUAUCAAUAAUGUCUUCCAAUGCAAGCCUGUUUCUGAGACAGGUGCCGAACAGAUGCUCCUAGAUUCUUAUACCCUGAAGAGCGGCCUCUCAUCUCUGCUCCCAGCCCCCACUCCUCCAGGCUUUGUGAAGCGCGUAAACAGCAGUUUCUUCAAAAUUGAAACUCUUCUAAAGACACUUCAGGUCCGGCCAUCUCCACCGGAGGCCCUUGUACAAGCAUACCUCAUUCAUAUCGCUGACCGGAACAACAACAAUUUCCGCAAGAUCCUCGAUCUGAAGGGCAUCCGCAAUCGACAAGAGCAGAAUCAUCUUGUCGAGCUAUUCCAGCUGCACCGUGCAUCAGACCGCUAUGCAUCAAGCCUGCAGCCCAGCAACCCGAUUCUUAAUUCUCUUCAAACUCCCGUCACCACAUCAACCGGAUCUGUCUCUCAAGGUCUGGGUCUUAGUGGCGCUGGAUCUAUGCCCUCCCGCUUUGACGCCUCGAUGCUCGGCUCGGCCCUCAUAUCUGCUGCAAAGGAUGGCGUUGAUCGUUUCGGCAACCCGAGCCUCAGUACCGUUACAGGUGGAACAACCUCGAUACCCGUUCUUGGUAGCACCCCCGGCAGUUCAUCUCCGGCUCCAUCAGCAUCAGCUCAGCAAGCUGGAUAUAUCCAGACCCCAUCUGAGCCCACCGCUGCCGGUAAUCUGAAUGAGAAUCUCAAGAAUAUCGGCAAGUUCUUCCGCCGCGACUUGGGGGGCUUUGGGGGCCGGUUUGGACUUGGAAAUGAUGAUGCAACAUAA